UGUGUGCUGGGGCUGGGACACGGCACCCCGCUGCCCCACAUCCAGGCACAGACAGUGAGUCAGAAACAAAGAAGAAAACCCUCGUGGGCUGCGAUUCGCCCUUUCUGGUGAACUCCAGACGUCAUACGCGCACGGCUAUAGAUGGAGCUCGGGAGCCCAGGCCAGCCCAGUGCGAGUCCAUGAGAGCUCCGCGAUGGUGGCGGUGGUGGGGGACGCAGUGGCUGCGUGGCCAAGGACGUGUCACAGGGGCCGGAUGUAACGGGAGAGCGCCCGUGAGCCACAAAGGGCAAGGGCAGAGCGGAGGGGCCCUGUUCUCUCCCCGGGAGGAGCCCCUGGGAGCCCUCCCAGCCCUUCUUCCUCCAGCUCAGCACCGCGAGGAGCGAUGAAAAAGAAUAAUUCAGCCAAACGGGGGCAACAGGAUGGAAACCAGCAAUCUGUGCAGCCCGAGAAGGUUGGCUGGGUGCGGAAAUUCUGUGGGAAAGGCAUUUUUAGGGAAAUCUGGAAAAACCGUUAUGUGGUAUUGAAGGGAGAUCAGCUUUACAUCUCGGAGAAGGAGGUAAAAGAUGAAAAAAACGUACAGGAAACAUUCGACCUGAGCGAUUAUGAGAAGUGUGAAGAGCUCAGGAAGUCCAAAAGCAGAAGCAAAAAGAACCACAGCAAAUUUACCCUAGCUCACUCCAGGCAGCCUGGAAACACGGCACCAAAUCUCAUCUUCCUGGCUGUGAGUCCAGAAGAGAAAGAGUCCUGGAUUAACGCCCUCAACUCUGCCAUCACUCGUGCUAAGAACCGCAUCUUAGAUGAGGUCACUGUUGAAGAGGACAGCUACCUUGCCCACCCAACGCGGGACAGAGCAAAAAUCCAGCACUCCAGACGCCCUCCGACACGGGGACACCUGAUGGCUGUGGCAUCUACCUCAACCUCUGACGGCAUGCUGACUCUUGACCUGAUCCAGGAGGAGGACGCCUCGCCGGAGGAGCACAGUACCUGCGAGGAGAGCUUCCGUGUGGACCUGGACAAGUCCGUGGCACAGUUGGCAGCUGGCCGGUGCUGCUCAGGUUCGGAGAACAUCAAACCAUCAGAGAAAGGCCGGACCGGCAGCCUGCCGCAGCGCGAGGUCACCUCGUGGGACAAACCUGCACAGCGCAAAGACUCCUUGGACAAAGGGACCGUGUACACCCCGCAGGUCCCCAAAAAGCUGUCACACUCAGAAAAGAAUAAAUGUGCCUCCAUGGAAGAGAUCCUGUCGCGGCGGGACUCAGCGCACCGUGCGGUGAUGAGGAGGGGCCUUGAGGCUCACUGCAACACGGCGGAGCCGGAGCAGCUGUCUCGGCUGCAAGAACUGGUUGCACUGAAACUGGAAAAAACUCAGGAACUGCUGACGGAGGUGAAGGGCUAUGGGGAAGGCAAGAGGAAGGUGAAAGACUGCACCACCAGCACCACCACCUCCUCCUCUUCCUCCCGGUCAGACUGUGAGCAGAUCCUGCAGGAAUCGGAGCGGCUGCUGGGUGAGGCUUCCUCCACCUGGAGCCAGGCCCGGCGCGUGCUGCAGGAGGUCCGCGAGCUGCGGGACCUGUACCGGCAGAUUGAGCUGCAGCAGGUGGACUGCAACCCCAAACAGAGCUCACAGUACAGGAAGAGCAUGAUGUGAAGGCAAGCCUGGGGAGGGGGGAGUGGGAGGGCAGUGCUUGGGCUUUUUUAUUAUUAUUAUUAUUAUAGUUAUUUACAGUGUUCGAAAGAGUGAAAAGGUGCCUGUUCUCAUCCACAUUUGCUUCUCAGAGUUUGAAAACUUCCUUCCCUCCAUCGCUCUCCAUGUUCCACUAAACCCAUUUUUACACAUGCCUUUUGCACCACAGCCCCAGAAAGCUCUGCAUCCUCCCAGUGUCCCGCAUGCCCCAAGCAGACAUGCACCACGCUGGGGACAGCACGAGCCCUGGCUUUGCUGCUCUACAUCCGAGCUAUCCCCUGCAUCGUAGCUCCUUUGCCAGGAGUCUUGUCUUGCCCUCAGAAAUAAAUGACUGAAAAUACAAACAAUUUUCCGUCCCAGCAAUGCUUGCAAGUCCCCACGAUCCAGGAAUAGCCUUGGAGGUGCUCAGGAGCUUGGGCUGACCUCAGGUUUCUGCAGUGACUUUUGGGGAGUGUUUCCAGCAGGAGGACAGCAGGGAUUCAACCCCGGCUCCAGCCUGCUCCGCCGAACCCAACUUGGCAGCUCCACGUCUUCCAUUCUGUGCAAAUAGAGGAUGAAAGCCUUGAACCUGUCUGUUCAGCAGGGUUGUUUUCGGGCUUUUUUUUUCAUUUGCAUUUCUUUUUUUAUGAUUAUUUUUUGCCCCUUUCGGGAAAUGGAAAAAUCAGGGUUGUCUAUAGCUGGAUGUUGAGACGUCUCACAGGAUUUCAAGUACACCAAUGUGGUAUCAUCCAAUUGUUAAUUUUUUUUUUUUUUUUUAAGAAACAUAAUUCCCUUGCCUAUGUUGCAAAUAAUCCAUGACAAUAUUAAAACCAGCAGAGUUAUUUCCUGGUCGCAGGUGGUGGUGUCUAUUUUCUUUGAACGGUGGCUGUCCUGUUAGCUGCGCUACCCAGUGCCGUGCUGCAAGGAACGCAGUUCUGUUUGCUUUGAAUUAGCCCUCAUCCGACUUUCCUGUUAGAAUUACCCAUAAAAGUGCUGCUGUUGGCACCAGGUUGCUGAAGACUUCAUUAAGUGCAAACUUCCAGCAUCUCCCCUUCACCACUCCUGGCUCUGGCACAGCUCUUUGCUCACUUUAAGGGACAGAGUUGAAGGGGCAGCACUGAUGUGUUCAAGCUCUGUUGCUGAGCUGCUACAGUCCAGGGGAACACAUUUCACCCUCCCAGCACUUCUUUUAAUUUUUUUCCUUACCUUUUCUAUCUGUCUGGGUGCAUAAGAGGAACAAACAUAAUCCCUAAAAGAGAUUAAGAGAGAAUGCAUGUGAGCUACUCUGAUAAAACCCUUUGCAGUCAGCUCUUUGAUCAAGAGAACAAGAAAAAUAUGCAAAUUCCAGGUGUGACACUCAGCAUUAAAACUGGCCAUGUUUUUGAAGUAGUCUGAAAACCUGGAGGUCUGAAUUGUGCUCCGCUGUGUGAUGUGACUGCCCCCCAGGUGUCAGGCACUGGGCUGAUGUCACUGUGUGAGCAUGGAAAUACACCCGGUUCUGAGUGUGCGGGGUCAAUGAAUACUCCCAAGUGGUUCUUAAGUGGCAAGGAUAAAACUUGACUGGUAAACAGGGUCAGAGCGGGGAUUGGCCAUUGGGCAGUCAUCCAAAGCAGAAAUUUUUUUAAGAAAUCAAGGGUUCCUUUAUUUCUGUGCUCCCUUGACCAGAUUUUGGGACUGAAUCCCAUGUGAUGAGACGUGGGGUCUGGGCACAGCGCUGCCAUCCUAGGGCCCUGCUUUGAGACAAGGCAUGAGGCAGUAGGGCAGGAAUGUGUAUGGGGGGUUCCGACUCUUUGGAGCAACCUGUGCAAGCCCUUUUUCUUGCAAUAAGGAACUUUGGAGGACAUGAUUGGGCUGACGCAGGAAAUUAGGAAAAAGUUGUUUCCAACAGAUAAGAUUCACAGAUUUUCCUGCCAAAUGCAGUCCCAGCUGAACAAGCGUGGUACAUUGUGCUAGCAUGAACACAACUAUCUUUCAUAAUAUGUUCCUGAUAGAGAGCAUCAUUUCUGCAGGGCAGAACAUACUGGGAGGAAAAAAACUGUGCUCUUUACAACAAUACCUAUAUUGUCAUCCAUAAAUUAGCAACCCCUGGCUGCAGACACUGUGAAAACAGAAAGGAUAGAAAGAUAAAUAGAUGAUCUGAAAGGUUCCUUCCAACCCAUGCCAUUCUAUGAUUCUAUGAUCUCCCAUCCCUUCUCCCAAAUGGGCUGUCAUUCUGCCCUCUUUUUAUGUUUUUAUCUUAAAAAUUAUUUUAAAUUUUGCAGAGUUCUCCCCCAUCCAUCCAGCUUCUGGGAUUAGAGACAAAAAGCCAAUUAUGAGCAAGAAUGGCAAGUGUAUGGAAAACCAUGAUGCCAAUCAUCAGGCGCCUCUGUGCAAGCUCAGCAAGUGGGGCCAGGUACUCCCAGGGUGGAUGAAAGUCAGCCCGGUCCCAUUCUCUGUUCUGCCAUGGAAAAGGCAGAGGGGUUGGACAGGGCAGUUUAGGAUCUCACUUUCUCACUGAGUCAUGUUGGAAAAGACUGUGUAGAAAUUCUGCUUUUUUUUUUUUUUUUUUUUU